UCAAAUAGGUUGUUUAUCUGGUACGCUUAUUGGAAGUUGCGCAAAAAAGAAUAAUAUUUUAAAUUAUUGCGGAAAAAUAUGUUUCAUGUUUUUUUUUUCUACUAAAAUAAUCGUCAGUAACAUUGUGUGCGGCGCCACGGUGCGAGUGCCGAUACACUCGUGUUCGCGAUAGUGCUUGUUUGCGCGUCGUUUUUGUUGAUCGACACCUAAACAUCGACCAAAUAGUUUUAUAUAUAAGCUAAAAUAAAAUAUUUAUUAAAAUUGUGUGUUCACGGAAAAGUACCUAAUUUUGCGGAGUAGAUGAUGACUCCGACAAACGGCGAGGGCGUAGACGCCCCGCGUAUCGUGGUGCUGGACGGCGGGUUUUCCACUCAGCUGUCUUGCCACGUAGGUCACGUUAUAGACGGAGACCCACUCUGGAGCGCCCGAUUCCUUCACACACAUCCAGAGGAGGUCAUUAAUACACAUCUCGAUUUUCUUAGAGCGGGCGCCGACUUGAUAAUAACAAAUACGUAUCAAGCGUCGGUUGAGGGUUUUAUGGAGCACCUUGGGCUUACUCAACAACAGAGCUAUGAGCUUAUAAUACGAGGUGCUGAGCUUGCUAAACGUGCGCGCACACUUUACUUGGAGGAAUAUCAAGACUACAUACAGAAUGGUCAGGUACCGUUGGUGGUGGGAUCAAUUGGACCUUUUGGGGCACACCUUCACGAUGGUUCUGAAUACGAUGGCAGUUAUGCAGACACAACAUCCAUAGAGACAAUGCGAGAGUGGCAUCGACCGCGGAUUCAGGCUCUGGUCGAAGCUGGAGUAGAUCUUUUAGCGUUGGAGACAAUUCCGUGUCAAGAAGAAGCGGAGAUGCUCUGCGACCUGUUGCGUGAAUUUCCAAAUAUGAAAGCUUGGCUAGCAUUUAGUUGCAAGGAUAACCAAAGUAUAGCUCACGGAGAGAGUUUCCAAAAAGUAGCCAAGAAAUGCUGGGAGUCAAAUCCUGACCAACUGGUAGCUGUGGGUGUGAACUGUUGCGCGCCGUCUUAUGUAGCAAACCUGCUAAAGGGCUUCAACGACGACCGACCACAUGCUCCCAUUCCACUUAUCGUUUACCCCAAUUCUGGCGAAAAAUACAACCCUCAAAUAGGAUGGAUAGAUCGAGAUAAAUGCGAGGCGGUUGAGGUAUUCAUUCAGCAGUGGCUAGACCUUGGUGUUCGGUACGUCGGAGGCUGUUGUCGCACGUACGCAGCUGAUGUUUCUCGUAUUCGGAACCAGGUGCACUGCUGGAGAGACCGCUAUCGUUUCCAAUCGAAACAACAAGUGCAGAAUAAAGUGAUAGCCGAGUGAACUUUUAUUACUUAACUACAAAACAAAACAGAUGUUUCAGUCAACAUAUUGUACACGUAUAACUUACGAUUAUUAUUCAAAAUGAUAUUAAUUACUGUUUUGAAUAACAAUCGAGUAUUGUGUAAGUCAUUAGACUUUUGGUUUUUAAUUAUAUAUUUCAUCAAUAGUUUUCUAUUUUAUAUAUAUACGUACUAGCUAUGUACUAUGUAACAUGUUUAUCGUUUAUAAAUAACGCCUCAAAUAUACAGCAAAAAUCUUUAUUGGAAUAAGUAUACUCUAAGUAAAUAGCAUUAGCAGAUGCGUUUACGACCCUAUAAAAUAAGUUUAUGUGUUUGAAAAAUAUCUACUGCUGUUUCACUUUCACAAAAAUGUAAGCGAGUCUAUUCGGAGUUUGAAAUUAAAUUAAAUGUUUUAUAUUCAAGAGGUACUAAGCAUUUAGGUGCCUAAUUAAUACUUAUCAGUUGAGAAAUUUGCAGUACCUCUGAAGUGCCUGAAUGUUUUUGUGUACCUAUAUUAUUACAUAAAAAGAAAUAAGUACAUAUUGUGCCAUUAAUUCACAAAAAAAAAAUGAUUUGUACAAUAUUGUAAUUUGUUAUAAUACGUAGGUAUUAUUGUAUAUGUACGGUAGAUACUAUUGGUUAGUACCAAAUGUAAAAAGACUAGAUACUUUUUUAACUAGUGAUUUUAUAUUUACAAGAAUAUUAAUAAAUUUUAUAGCACUUGUAUAUUACCUAUACAGGCUACAUAAGUAAAUACUUAAUUAUGCCAUCGACUGCAUAGAUUAUAAAUAAUACAUUGUUUUAAUUCUCAAUACAUUAAUUAAGUAAUCCACAGGUACCGAUACUAAAUAUUUAAUUAGUGCCAUUUACACUAUUGUACAUAACAAUAAACUUGAGACGGGUUUA